CCCAAACUCCCGGUCCUGCUGCUGGGGUGUCCGAGCUGGGGACAGCGGAGCCACCGCGGUGUCCCCAAAGCAAAACCCCCAAACCCGCGCCCUGCCGGGGCAAUGAAAAUGAAUUCCCUGCGAGCGCUGGGGCUGAGAGCAGCACCCCCGCCGUGUCCCUGUCCCCUCGGCCAGAGGGGCGGCCGGGGGGCGACAGCGCGCCCGACCCCCCGGAGGAGGAGGAGGAGGAGGAGGUGCAAAGGAGCCGCACGGGGCAGAGGAAGUCCCCGCCGGGCUCUCGGCAGCCCCGAGGGGUCCCCGCUCCGAGAUGUCCCCGCCCGGGGGUGGCCGCUGUCCCCCGGCGCUGCUGGCGCUGCUGCUGGGGCUGGCCGGGAGCCGAGGCUCUGGUUUAGGAUCCCCGGAAUGCCAAACCCGAGUUGUGUCCGCGGGAGGAUCGCUGUGCCUGGCGCCGGAGGAACCCGUGUGGGAGUGGACAGAGAUCCACUGGAAAGCGAAAAUUGGUUCAGAAACGUGGCAGAAGAUCCUGACAGCCCCCAGGGAUGGAAGUGUCUCCUAUCCCAAAGGUUCUUUCCAUGGGAAAUGGAAAUUCCAGCCGGGAAACUUCUCCCUGUGCAUCUCCGCGGUUCACAGAGCCGACAGCGGGGUCUAUGUGGCCGAGUUCGAGAAUGUGGCAGCGAUUUCCUCUCAGUGCUUCCGAGUGUCCGUGUGGGACCCCCUCCCGCCGCCGGAGCUGAAAUCCCAAAUCCUGCAGCGGGAUCGGGGCUGGUGCACCCUGGCCCUGCUCUGCUCCAGCCCCGGGAACGUCUCCUACAGCUGGGCCUGUCCCGGGCAUCCCCCGGGGGAGAUCCCGGAGCAGAUCCCGGAAAAGAUCCCGGGGCAGAUCCCAGAGCAGAUUCCAGGAAUCCCCUCGCGGCUGAUCCUGAGGCUCCCCGAGGGCGCCGAACCCCAAAUCUGCCUCUGCAACGUCAGCAACCCCGCGGGGUGGAGCGUGGCCCGCGCCCGGCUCACCUGCCCAGGAAUUCCAGGGAAUUUCAGCCACUGGAGACCGCUGGCUGUGGCUGUGGCCGAGGGGCUGACCCUGCUCCUCGUGGGCAGCUGCUGCUGGUGGAGGGAGAAAAGGAAGAAUUCCCGGGAAGGAUAACGGGGGUUACAGGCGCUUGGGCUUCCCAAAUCCUGCCGACCACCAGCACCCCUAAAACCCCGGAAUUCCCAUCCCUGUGGAAUUCUCCUGGAAACUCCAGUGGACACUGGGAUCGGUGGAAUAGAAAUAUCCAGAAAUUCGGGGGUUUUUCCCCCAAGAUUCAACUCUCAGCUGCACCCUGGAGCGAAGAUUUGGGAAUGGAAGACUCCAGAAGCGAUGGAUUUGGGAUUGGGCAGGCGGGAUGGGCGGGGGU